CGGAUUAAGGCAAGCGCGGCGUGUAGAAUGGGCUGCAGAGCUUUUGGGCUUUGUUAGUGCGCAUAAUUCUGGACGGCAUCACUGUUGAACUGUUCAAAAAAAAAGCAUACUACUGCAGAGUCACCCUGAGGGCAAAUUAAAAUGGCCUCCAAAGAGGAAGAGUCAUAUGUGGGAUGUGGCCGUGGCGGCCGUGGAGCAAUUCUCAUGGCGGCCUUGCAGCGGCAAGCCAGGCGUCCUGGCUCCACUAGUGCUGAUCCAAAAGAAGCACCUCACACGGCUCCUAGCCCAGAUUCAGGCCGUGGAAGCAGUGCUUCGCCAUCAAGCCCUGAUUCAGGCCGUGGAAGCAGUGCUUCGCCAUCAAGCCCCGAUUCAGGCCGUGGGAGCAGUGCUUCAUCGUCAAGCUCCGAUUCAGGGAGAUCAAGCGGUGCGUCAUUGUCGCCCAUAGCGGAGUCGCCUGUGCCGCUGAUGGGCCGUGGAGCCAUGCUUCGCCAGAUGACCCCAAGUUGGGCAGAAUCGCAGACCGAGCAGGCAGCAGCCAGAACAGGUGCCCCGCAGAUGACUGAGAGAGGUGGAGCACUCGGGCGCAGUAUGAUGCAAGCACAAGUUGGGAGGACCAUGAGAGCAGCUGAGUUGUUGCCAGCUGGGCAGAUGCCAUCUACUUCAGCACAGCUACCACGAGCUGCCCCGCAAGCACAAGCACCGCGACAGCAACCUGCUAUUCCAUCUACCCCUGUAGCUGCUCAAGCAAGGGUUGAUCCUCCGGUCGCUAAAAUGUCAGAACUGUCCGUGAAGGAGUUCAGGGGAACUGCUGGCAAGCCUGUGCCUUUGGAGGUGAACUAUGUGCGCCUGGCCACCAAGCCAGGCAUGGGUGUGUUUGAGUACCACGUUGACUAUGUGCCCGCCAUUGACUCCAAGCGCGCUAGGUGUCAACUGAUUAGCAGUGACCCAGUGGUGGCAGUCAUUGGCCAGACACGUGUCUUCGACGGCAUGAAGCUCUACCUUCCGCACCAGCUGCAACAGCAGGUGAUGAGCAUACCCACAAUGCUUGCUGCAGAUAACAGUCCUGUUUCAUUGAACAUCAAGUUUGUCAAAAAGACACCACCAUCUGAAUGCCUGCACUUGUACAAUGUGCUUUUUAAGAAGGUGAUGCACUGCCUGCAACUGACACAGAUUGGUCGCAACUACUUUGACCGCAAGGGUGCAGUCCCGAUACCUCAGCAUAGGCUAGAGGUGUGGCCUGGCUAUGUGCAGUCGGUGUCUGAAUAUGAUGGAGGGCUUUUGCUCAACUGUGAUGUGUCCUUCCGUGUCCUCCGCACCAUCACUGCUCGUGAAGUGCUGUUUGAUGUAUACAAUUCAUACCCGAGGGACUACAAAGCCAAGGCUGUGCAUGCCAUUGUUGGUGCAGUUGUGAUGACACGGUACAACUACCACACGUACAGAGUGGAUGACAUUGCUUGGGAUGCCAAGCCUACCUCAACUUUCACAUUCCACACCGGCGAGGACAUCACUUACGUUAACUAUUACAAGCGUAUUUACAACAUUGAGAUUCAGGACCUUGACCAGCCACUACUUUUGCAUAGGGAGAAGCCCAGAAAAAAUGCAUCGGAGUCCGAGGAGCCACGGUUGGUGUGUCUGGUGCCUGAACUUUGCACACUGACAGGCCUGACUGACGAGAUGCGUGCAGAUUUUCGGAUCAUGAAGGACUUAGCAAGUCAGACAAGAGUGAGCCCAAAUCAAAGGCAGUUCUCGCUGACUCAGUAUGUGAAGAGAGUUAAGGAUUGCCCAGAUGCUAUGAAGGUCCUUGGCAAUUGGGGUUUGUCGCUGGAAUCCGGUGCAGUGAGUCUUGAAGGCCGUAUCUUGCCAGAAGAGAAAAUAAUGAUGAAAUCCAAGACCCACUACCAUAAUGGCACUGCAGACUGGGGCCGCCUUCUAUCGCAAGACUCUGUCAUCAAAGCUGUGCAUCUGGAGAACUGGAUCAUUAUCUUCACAAAGCGGGAUGGAGAGCGUGCACGAGGAUUCACACAAAUGAUGUCCAAGGUGUGCCCCCCUAUGGGCAUAAACAUUCGGCCACCGCAGUAUCGAGAGCUUUUCAAUGACAGCACUGACUCCUAUGUGCGUGCCAUCAAAGAUGUGGUCAACGAAAACGUGCAGGUCAUUGUGAUCAUCUUUCCCACGUCCCGAGACGACCGCUACAGUGCAGUGAAACGGCUGUGCUGUGUGGACAUGCCUGUGCCAUCACAGGUUAUCAUUUCCAACACCAUUGGACAGCAGCAAAAGCUGCGCGCUGUCACACAGAAAAUUGCCCUGCAGAUCAACUGCAAGCUUGGUGGAGAGCUGUGGGCAGUGAACAUUCCUUUGCAAAAUGUGAUGGUGGUCGGUGUGGAUGUGUACCAUGACGUCACUCGUGGCAGGCAGUCUGUGCUUGGUUUAGUAGCCAGCAUGAACCGUAACAUGACGCGCUGGUUCUCCAAGUGUGCCUUCCAGGAUCCAGGCAAAGAGCUUGUCAACUGCCUUAAGGUGGCUCUCCUUGAGGCCCUGGUGAAGUACUAUGAGGUGAACCAUUGUCGUCCAGAUCGCAUCUUCAUCUUUCGUGAUGGUGUGGGUGAUGGUCAGCUCAAGCAUGUCGACGAGUACGAGAUUGAGCAAGUGAUCAGCGCCUUUCCCUGUUUGAGCCCAGGCUACAAUCCAUCCAUUGCUGUAGUGAUUGUCCAGAAGCGCAUCAACACACGAAUCUUCACAAAGCUGAAUACAAAAGACUUGGACAACCCAAUGCCAGGGACAACCGUGGAUCACACAGUCACACGUACAAACUGGUGCGACUUCUUUCUAGUGUCCCAGAAGGUGCGGCAAGGAACAGUGUCGCCUACACACUACAUUGUGUUGCGGAAUUCAACUGGGCUGUCGCCUGACCACAUUCAGCGACUCACUUACAAGCUCACACACUUGUACUACAACUGGCCGGGUACUGUCCGUGUGCCUGCUCCUUGCCAGUAUGCACACAAGUUGGCCAGCCUGGUUGGUGACAACAUCCACAAGGAACCAAGCCCAUUCCUCUGUGACCGCCUCUUCUACUUGUGAAGGCCAGGAUUUCAUGUGAAGGUGCCCAAGAGGUCACACCUUGAUCACUGCCAUUUUUUUUCACUGUUAUGUGUGUGUGUUCUGAAAUCAGUACUUUUUUUUUCCCCCUGUGAAGCAAUCAUUUUGAAGAAGUUGCUAUCCCCCACCCCUUUCUUUUCCCUUGGCUGCAUUGUCUGAGUAAAGGCAGCUUGCAUUUUUUUUUUCACUUCACAGUUCUAUAGGAAUUUUAUUCUGUGCAAUGUGAGCUAGUAUUUGAAAGUAUGCUACAUUUAGUUCUCAUGGUUGUAAUCAUGUCAUUCUACAGCUUUUAAUUCAGCUCCAUUGUCCUCUCGUGUUUGCGUGUUCAUUGGCAGUAAUUGUCAUUCUCAAUUCAUUCAAUCUUAUUUAAUAUUUGUUAAAAGUGCCUUACUAGUCACAGUUUGCGUUUAAUGAUCACUGGCCCCGUUCUGAUAAAGUGAGGGUAUGUGCAAGAGAAUGUCCCAAGAUUUGCAGUUGACAGUAAUAAUAUGGAACCAUUUACUUGUGGGAGAUGACUUGUACGCAUGUGAAGAUUGCUUUCAAAUGUGUACUAUUUUUUGAGAUGAACAUUUGGUUUUUUGUGUUACUAAUUAUUUUAUGACAAGUUAAGCCUACUUGUACAUAAUUGGCUUGUGUGCAAAUAAAUAAUGUCAAUUCCUCA